GCGCGGGCGCCGGGCGGGGCUGCGGCCGCCCCCCGAGCCGGCGGGAGCCGCGGGGAGGAUGGUGGAGCGGGAGAGAUGGAGCUGAAGCGGAGCAUGGCGAUCCCGCGGCUCCUGUGGCUGGGACUGUGGGCUGCGGUGCUGCGGGACGCCGCCGCCGCCGCCGCGGCAGGUAUGAAAUUUACAGGACCUCCAAUCAAAUUAAAGGUGUCCCAGGGUCAACCCGUGAAACUAAAUUGCAGCCUCGAGGGAAUGGAAGAUCCCGAGAUGUUGUGGAUCAAGGACGGAGCAGUGGUGCAAAGCGUAGACCAGGUGUACAUUCCAGUAGAUGAAGAGCACUGGAUCGGCUUCCUCAGCUUGAAAUCCGUCGAGCGGACAGAUUCUGGGAAGUACUGGUGCCAGGUUGAGAACGGGGGGAAGAAGGAAGAAUCACAGCAAGUGUGGCUCAUAGUAGAAGGUGUGCCUUACUUUACUGUGGAGCCUGAGGAUGUGUCCGUGUCCCCUAAUGCCCCAUUUCAUAUGGCCUGUGCUGCUGUUGGUCCCCCUGAGCCAGUGACAAUUGUCUGGUGGAUGGGAGACUCUAGAGUGGGGCUUCCAGACAUCUCUCCCUCCAUCCUAAAUGUGUCAGGUAUUAAUCAAAGCACAGUUUUCUCCUGCGAAGCUCACAACGUAAAGGGAUUAUCUUCAUCUCGGACAGCCACUGUUCAAAUUAAAGCCAUGCCUCUUCCGCCUCUCAACGUAACUGUAAGCCAAGUCACCAGCAGCAAUGCCAGCAUAGCGUGGGUGCCAGGAUUCGAUGGCCGCUCUCCCCUCCACUCCUGCACUCUUCAGGUGGCAGAGUCACCAGAAGGCCAAGAGGUCUCCACAGAGGUUGCCCCAGUGCCCCCCUUUGCCUAUGGCAUGCAAGGCCUGAAGCAUUCCACCAACUACAGUGUCCGCGUGUGCUGCAGCAAUGAGAUGGGCAGCUCCCCUUUCACAGACCGUGUGUACUUUCAGACUCUGGAGCUUGCUCCAAGCAGCACCCCACAAAAUAUUCGUAUUAUCCAAAAGGAGCCUGCUCUGAUUUUGGAGUGGGAAGAUGUGGCUCCAGACAUGCUGAAAGAAAAUGUCCUGGGAUACAGGCUGGAGUGGAUUCAGGAUAAUGUAACUCAGGGGGAGAUGAUUGUACAGGAGACGAAAGCUAAUCUUACAAUGUGGAAUCCUCACAAAGACCUGAUCAUCAGGGUGUGUGUGCUGAACUCUGCAGGCUGUGGGCCCUGGAGUGAGCUCUUCCUGCUAGGAGCCCAGGAGGUCAUGGGUGGCCAGAGACAACCUCCUUAUGGGACAUCCUGGGUUCCUGUGGCAUUAGGCAUUCUGACAGCUCUGGUCACAGCUGUUGCCCUGGCUCUUAUCCUCCUUCGAAAGAGAAGAAAGGAAACUCGGUUUGGCCAUGCCUUCGGCAGCGUGGUUGGCAGAGGGGAUCCAGCAGUCCAUUUCAGAGCUGCCAGGUCUUUCAACAGGGAGGGCCCAGAGCUCAUUGAAGCAACAUUGGAGAGCGUGGGGAUCAGUGAUGAGCUGAAGACAAAACUCAAAGAUGUCCUAAUCCAGGAACAGCAGUUCACCUUAGGGAGGAUGUUGGGCAAGGGGGAAUUUGGGUCAGUUCGAGAGGCGUUACUGAAGCUAGAUGAUGGCUCUUUCCAGAAAGUGGCAGUGAAGAUGCUGAAAGCGGAUAUCUUCACCUCGACUGACAUUGAGGAGUUCCUGCGAGAGGCUGCGUGCAUGAAGGAGUUUGACCACCCACACGUUACUAAACUGAUCGGAGUCAGUCUACGAAGUCGUCCCAAGGGUCGGCUCCCAAUUCCAAUGGUGAUCCUGCCUUUUAUGAAGCAUGGAGACCUUCAUGCUUUUCUGCUGAUGUCACGAAUUGGGGAAAACCCUUUUAAUUUGCCUGUUCAGACACUCCUCAAGUUCAUGAUUGACAUUGCAAGUGGGAUGGAGUAUCUGAGCUCAAAAAACUUCAUACACAGGGAUCUUGCAGCUCGGAACUGCAUGUUGGAUGAGAACAUGAAUGUGAGUGUUGCAGACUUUGGGCUUUCUAAGAAAAUCUACAGUGGAGAUUACUAUCGUCAGGGCUGUGCUUCCAAGCUGCCAGUGAAGUGGCUUGCCCUGGAAAGUCUGGCUGAUAAUCUGUACACAACACACAGUGAUGUGUGGGCGUUUGGGGUGACCAUGUGGGAGAUCGUGACCCGAGGGCAAACCCCUUACGCUGGCAUUGAGAAUGCAGAAAUCUACAACUACCUCAUCAGUGGGAACAGGCUGAAGCAGCCACCGGAGUGCCUGGAGGAUGUCUAUGAUCUCAUGUGCAGAUGUUGGCAUCCUGAGCCCAAGCUACGCCCAAGCUUUGGGGUGCUCCGGUCCCAGCUGGAAAUGAUUCGAGGGAGGAUGUCCACACUCUCUUCCAGUCAAGAUCCUCUCUAUGUCAACAUUGGGAAGGACAAAGAGGAUCCUGCAAGUGACCCAGCCUUGCACGCCUCCUUCGGGGAUGUGGACAGUGAGGAGAGCACGGCUGGGGCAGCAGCUGCUGUCACUAGUGACUAUCGCUACAUCAUGAGCCCCCUGUGCCUUGGAGAUGAGGCUGAUGGUGAAAGACAUCCAGAUGCAGCAGAAGGGGAGGACAAAAGCCUUCUGUAUGAGCUAGAGGCUGAAGGAGAGAAAAGUUGCCAGCCUGUACGUAACAGUGAUACUCUGCUUCCUUGGGACGGGAUAUGUGCAGUUGCAGAGCCACAGCACCAGAUUUUCUGACACCGCGUCUGGAAUGGCUUUGAGCAGCACAGAGUCUCCAGGCAGCCACUGCAGCUUUCACUGUGCGUGUGGGCCGCAGAGGUGGACAGCUUGGAAAGACCUUGGCCCUCGCAGCCUCUUGGAUGUGGGGAAUGAGGGCAGUAGGAUUAUAGGUUGGUCACAUCCCACUGAAGGGAGUUUGAUGCUAAGGCAGGCAGUCGAGUCUGUGCUCUGCUCCUUCUCGCUGACUGCCAGAGUAGAGCCAAAUGUGCCUGCUGUUCUGUCAGUGCUCGCUCUUGUGUAGAUAUUGUUUUCCACCCCGGCUGCAUAACUUUGGGCCUGGUACCUCUGAAAACACUAAUGGAUAUUUACAGUGUCAUUCAGAACAACAGGGUAAAAUCCCCUUUGUGUUUACUCAGCAGUACUGCCUAGACUUGCUGCCUACCUCAGUGGUUCUCAAACUGCAAUCUGCAGAUCUGCUUCAGUCCAGCAGUGACUUUGAACAUCUGACAGUUUUCAUGCAGUGACACUUGCUGCUUCCUUGGGCCAGGGCUCUUCUAAGAGUUUCAGAUGCUUUAGUGAGCGAUGAAAUUGGAAACAAGGAAAAUCCAGCAUCCCUCUUCAACCGUUAUACUUCUUUUGUGUAUUUUUUUGUCUUCUGUUUGAUGGCAAUUCAGUCCUGACCAGACUUGCAGCUGGCAUUAAAAAGUGAAGGGAGGGGGAGCAACCGGCAUAUGUGAGGACAAGUUCUAACUUCAAAGGAAUCGAAAGGAAGCUGUGCAGAGGGGACUUAACAGCUGAAUGGGGAAACAGUGCUGCUUAAUGCAAAGUGCUGCCCUCCAGGAGAAGAAGGAGACAGCCUAGACAGAGAAUGGCAGCCUGUAGACUUGCAUUGGAUUCAGUGAGAGCAGGAUUCAGCAUUUGCUUUAAAAUAGGAUUGCUUUAAUCUUUCUCUUUAGUUGUCCUAUUACUUUUUCAAAUAACCAAGUGCUGUAGCUGCUGUAGUGAAGAUGUGAAAUCAGUUUUGGAAGGUGUGUGUGCUGGAGGAGGAAGGAUCCCCUAGAGAUCUCUCUCGAAAGGCAGGGUCCUCGUUAUGAAAAAGCUUGAGAACCACUGGCCAUCCUUUUAAGGAGGUCUUCAGGCACGCUGUAAAAGCCACAUCAGAUCAUAGGCUAGUAUCACUGCAGCCUUCCAUACAGAGCAAAAUUAGUGGUUUUGCUCUUCGAGUUUUGUUUUGUUUUACAAUCAGCAUGUCUGACUCACUAUAACUGCAAGCGCUUGUGUGGUUUUUAAUAAUUUAAUAUUUUAGUGUAAAUCAGCAUUUGUUUUGUGCAGUGGUUCUCAGCACAUGCAAGGAAGUUCAGUUACAUCUUACUCUAUUUAUCCUAAAUAUUUGCUCAAUCUUAAUUUGUUUUAUUCCCAAUGCCCUGAAAACUCAGCAGUAUCAUAUGACUUAAAAUUCCACAUUGCUCUUCCUUAGAAGCAAAUACCAUAAAUGUCAUAAUUUGCUGAGUAGUUGAAGGUGGGACCAAUAGAUCAAAUUAGACUGCAGACUUGGUAUCAGAACACUCCAUGCUUCAAUGCCCAAUAUUUGGUUAUUGUCAGCUUGGGGGCUAACUACAAAAUUCAGGUCCAAUUUCAGCCCCUAUUGUGAACACUUCCUAGGGAAGGGAAAUUUCAGCCUGGGGUUUGGGCACAAGUCCUUUCUGUAAAGUUUCCUGCUAAAAAAUGAUGUCCUACAGACAUCUGCAGAAGUUCGGUACAGUUUCUCAGUCACAAAUACAAACUGCACCAUCUUACAGCCCAGGCAGUACAGGGUUUUCUCUUCAGUGGGCUGGGAUCCUGUAAAUGCAGGUGAGAAGGUAACACCUAACAAAUUAUAAGGGAAAAACCUGUGCUGGGACACCUGUUUGCAGGGAGGGUGGAAAGCUAUGCUCCCUGCAGCUGCCUGGGAAGUGGAGAUACAUACAGACUGUACAUACAGACUCUAACUUUGGGAAGCAUGUCAUUAGUUUUUAUGCAUUUUUUAAAAUAAUAAAACAUGUACUGUGUCUGAG